AUGAUUGGUCCAUCAAUAGCCAAAAGGGAAACAAAUAUUCGUCAGCCAGUUUCACCUCAAACGAGGCUGGCUAUUACAUUACGGUAUCUUGCAACUGGAGAUUCAUACAGUUCUCUUUCAUACACAUUCAGAGUAUCAAAACAAUUGAUUAGCAAAAUUAUACCAGAUGUAUGUCAAGAACUAAUUAACUCACUAGCAGGAUAUGUCAAGGUUCCAAGUUCGGAACAAGAAUGGAAACAAAUAAGUCGUGAAUUCGAAAUACGAUGGAAUUUUCCACAUUGCAUUGGGGCCAUUGAUGGGAAACACGUUAUGAUUGUGGCGCCAAAUAAUUCUGGAAGUGAAUACUACAAUUAUAAAAAUCAGUUCAGCAUGGUACUUAUGGCAAUUGCAGAUGGCAAUUACAACUUUAUUUACGCAAAUUAUGGAGCUAAGGGUCGGUCGUCCGACAGUGGAAUAUUUCAAGAAACACCGUUUUAUAAUGCAUUGUUAGAAAACUCACUUAAACUGCCACGGCCUGAACCAAUAACACAAGGCGGAACAGAAAUGCCGUAUGUAAUUGUAGGUGACAGUGCUUUCGCGCUAACGGAGAACAUCAUGAAACCAUAUCCUGGCAUUCAUGAACGUGGGAACAAAAAGCGUAUAUUCAAUUACAGACUAUCAAGAGCUAGGAGGAUUAUAGAAAAUGUUUUUGGCAUUUUAUGUGUGGUGUUCCGUGUAUUCACUAAACCUAUUCCGUUAAAACCAGCCAAUUGUGAACUCGUGGUAAUUGCUUGUGUAUAUUUACAUAACUUCUUAAGACGUAACUCAGUUUCCAGAUCCAUAUAUACACCUCCACAAACUUUUGAUUUUGAAGACUCUGAAGGUAACCUAUUAGAAGGUUCUUGGCGAAGGGAACUAAGUUCGUUUCCUAUGAUUGAUUUGCAAAGACGGGGCAGGCCUGCAUCACAAUCAGCUCUUUGUAUUAGAGAACAGUUUGCCGAUUACUUUAUAACUCCAGAGGGAAGAGUUCCAUGGCAAAAUAAUGUAGCGUAAUUGUAAUAAUUUUACAGACAAUAGUAUAAAACAAUUAUAUACAAAAACAA